UUCCCGGAUGUCCGUCGUCGAGCUUGUAGAUUUUAGCUGGAUGUGCUUAUAAGUGAUAAGUGUGUAUAAGCCUGGCAUCAGCACUGAAUGAUGGCUGAAAAAGACAAAGGUGGGAAGGCCAAGAUGAAGAAAAACAAAGAGACAGGACUAAGUGAUGACCAUUCCAAUGGAGACGUACUCCGUGGGAAAUCCAAUAAGGCGAAGGCCAAAACCACAGAGAAGUCUCAGAGGGGACAGAAGAAAACAAAGCUUCAGAAGAUGAAGAGCCCUAAAAAGGAGAAUACAGACUUUGAAAUAGCUGAUGACACAAGGUUUCAGCUAAAUGUGAAAGAAGAGGCAGAUGAUGGCGACUUUGUGACAGAAAAGAAGGGGAAGAAAAGGAAAAGGAAAAGAGAUUCUGUAACUGGUCCUUCUAGCUCUUCAGCACUUUCUGUGCCUGUGAAGAAGAAAAAGGUGGAAGAAGAGGGCGAGGGAAGUUCUGGUGUGGAGAAGAAAAAGAGAAAGAGAGAAAGCAAAGAGCAGAAAGUAAAGAAGGAGGAGGGAGAACAGCCUGUCACAAAAAAGAAGAGGACGAAGGAAGAGAUUGCAGCAGCCAGAGCCCUCAAGAUCAAGAAGAAGGAGGAAGAGGAGCAACAGCGAUGGCGCUGGUGGGAAGAGGAGAAGUAUGAAGAUGGCGUCAAGUGGAAGUUUCUAGAACACAAAGGGCCAUAUUUCCCACCUGAGUAUCAGCCUCUCCCUGACAAUGUCAAGUUCUUCUAUGAUGGUAAGGCUGUGAAGCUGAGUCCGACUGCUGAAGAGGUGGCACUGUUCUUUGCUCAGAUGCUGGACCAUGAAUACACCACUAAAGAAGUGUUUCGCAACAAUUUCUUCAAAGACUGGAGAAAGGAGAUGACUCUGGAGGAGCGAAUGCUGAUCACUGACCUAAAUAAGUGUGACUUUGGAGAGCUCCAUGCUAUGCACAGGCAGAAAGUGGAGGCCAGGAAAAACCUGAGCAAAGAAGAGAAGCAGAUUAAUAAAGAGGCCAAUCAGAAGAUUUUGGAGGAGUAUGGCUACUGCAUGUUGGACCACCAUCGGGAGCGCAUUGGUAACUUUAAGAUUGAGCCUCCAGGGCUGUUCAGAGGCAGAGGAGAUCAUCCUAAACAGGGCAUGCUGAAGAAGCGGAUCCAGCCGGAGGACGUCAUCAUCAACUGCAGCCGGAAUUCCCGUAUCCCGGAGCCCCCCGCUGGUCACAAAUGGAAGGAAGUUCGACAUGACAACACGGUAACGUGGUUGGCUAGCUGGACUGAGAAUGUGCAGGGCUCCUGCAAAUAUGUCAUGCUCAACGCAAACUCCAAGCUCAAGGGGGAAAAAGACUGGGAAAAGUAUGAAGUGGCUCGCAAGCUCAAGUCAUGUGUCGAUGCCAUCCGAUCCCAGUACCAGGAGGACCUGAAGUCUAAACAAAUGGGCACUCGCCAGAGAGCUGUAGCACUCUAUUUCAUUGACAAGCUGGCUCUGAGAGCAGGUAAUGAAAAGGAAGAAGGGGAAACAGCUGAUACAGUGGGUUGCUGCUCUCUGCGCGUGGAGCACAUCACUUUACACGACGCACUCGACGGAGAGAAAUGCGUGGUGGAGUUCGACUUCCUGGGUAAAGAUUGCAUCCGCUAUUACAACAAGGUUCCUGUCUCCAAAAGGGUUUUCAAAAACCUCAAGCUUUUCAUGGAAAACAAGCAAGAGGGGGAUGACCUGUUUGAUCGACUGAAUACAAACAUGUUAAAUAAGCAUCUGAGUUCUCUCAUGUCUGGUCUGACUGCCAAGGUUUUUAGGACAUACAACGCCUCCAUCACACUGCAGCAGCAGCUAAAAGAGCUCAGCAAUUCAUCAGAUAACGUGGCUGAGAAGCUGCUCUCCUAUAACCGGGCGAACCGUGCGGUUGCAGUUCUCUGUAACCAUCAGCGGGCACCGCCAAAAUCCUUUGAGCAGUCCAUGGCCAACCUGCAGGCUAAGAUUGAGAGUAGGAAAGAGCAGCUGGAGCUGGCUAAAAAAGAACUGAAACAGGCCAAGAAAGAGGCUAAAGGAAGUUCGGACAGCAAGCUGCUUGUUGUGGUGGAGAAGAAGAAGAAGGCAGUGCAGCGCUGUGAGGAGCAGCUGCUGAAGAUGGAGGUCCAGGCUACAGACCGAGAGGAGAACAAACAGAUUGCCCUGAGCACCUCCAAGCUAAACUACCUGGACCCGCGCAUCAGCGUAGCCUGGUGUAAGAACAUGGAGGUGCCACUGGAUAAAAUCUACAACAAGACCCUAAGAGAUAAAUUUGCCUGGGCCAUUGACAUGACUGAACUAGACUUUGAGUUUUAACCCCAGAUCCUCCUUUAACCCAUUUAUAUUAAACCAUUAUGUCAGGUUCUUUUAUAAGCAAGUUUUAAGAUAAAACUGUUGAGUUGUGCAGCUGACUGUUUAAAAAUGCUGUGGGCACUUUGUGU